CCUGCCCUAGGUGCGAGUGGAGUUCCCCCACAAGGAGCCGCUGUGCAGUGCGUCAAAGCCAGGAGCACCAUCCCGCCAGGCAGGGGGUCAGAUCCAGCAAACGUCCUAUAGCAUCGUCUUGGAACCCCAAGGUCAGACCCAGACAAAACUGGUGCCAAGACAGGAGUUCUUGAACAUGGUACCCGACACGGAGGCGGAAGUGUUUGUCAGUGUUCAAGGCUACACUCGGAUGCUGACCCACCGGAGUUCAGAUGGCACCUACCACACCUCCAAGGGGAACCCAGGAAGCACCUGGCUCACAAGCUAUGUGUUCCGCGUCUUUGCCCUGGCCUACUCUACAAUGACGACGCAAGUGCUGAGCCUGUCCUCUCUCUGUGACAUGGCCAACUGGAUCAUCACCGACAGGCAGGCGGAGGACGGGCACUUCCUGGAGGAGGGUCCCGUGGUCAUGACAUCCAUGCAGGGUGGCUACCAAGGCUCCGAGGAGGAUGUAUCCCUCACAGCUCUCGUCCUGAUAGCCCUGAAUGAGGGAAAGGAGUUGUGCAACCAGAAGAAUUUGAUGGCCAGCAUUGAGAGAGCCCGUGGCUUCCUGGAGAGAAAACUUCCUGACAUUCAGACAACCUUUGCCAUAGCCAUAGCCUCCUACGCACUGGCCCUUGCCAACAGCUCCCAAGCCAACGACCGCCUGGACAGCUUUGCUAGCCCUAGUGGGUGUGGGAUGCUUCUUAGUCAACCUUAGUCAUGGAGUGGGGAGGGGGUGAUCUCAAAUCCAGCAAUGCAUCAUUCAUCACUUAGUGUUUCCUGAGCAUCCACUGUGUAUCAACUCGAGCUCAGACCCUGUGAGACCAAGACAAAACCCACUGGCCGGUGGAUGAGCAGAACCUUGGCUCCCUGUACACCAUUGAGGCCACAGCCUAUGCGCUCAUGCAGAAGCUGGAGCUGGGCCGGUACAAUGAGACACACGCCAUCGCCAAGUGGCUACUAGAGAAGCGGGAGCUGGGAGGAGGCUUCGGGUCCACCCAGACCACGGUGGUGGCCCUUGAAGCUCUGACCCGCUUCCGCGAAGCUGUCCCCUUCCAGGGCGUCCAGGAUCUCCACGUCCAGAUCAGCGCCCCCAAGAAAGCCCUGAGUGUGAAUUGGCACAUUGAUCACAACAAUGCCUACCAACAGCGGUCAGCAAAGUUCCUUGCCCGGGAUGACCUAGAGAUCAAAGCCAGUGGCAACGGGAGAGGCACCAUCUCGAUUCUGACCAUGUACCACAAGUCCCCAGAGUCCUGGAAGGACAACUGCAACCUGUACCACCUGAAUGUGACUCUCCACAGUGUCUUGGAAGAAAAUAAAAAGGGAGAUGAGACCUUCCGGCUCAGGAUGGAAACAAGGUUCCAGAACAAUCGAGAGGCCACAAUGACCAUCAUGGAGGUCUCCCUGCUCACUGGCUUCUACCCCAACCAGGAUGACCUCAAACAGCUCACGAGUGAUGUGGAGAGGUACGCCUUUCAGUACGAAACCAAGACAAGUACCAGCGACAGCACCGUUGUCCUCUACCUGGAAAAGCUCUCCCAUGAGAAAAACACGGUGCUGGGCUUUCGGGUUCACAGGAUGCUGCAGGCGGAGUUCCUGCAGGCCGCCCUGGUCACUAUCUACGACUACUACGAGCCUUGACAGUGCCCAUCCCUGCAGAAGCCCAGUGGCCAAUUGAGGCAGGAGGAGCUCCAGAUAACAGCAUGUGAGGCAGGCGUGGAUUUUGUGUACAAGACAAAGCUGGAAUCUGUGGAGGUCUCUGCCUCCAACCCUUACGUCUAUUACAACAUGCAGCUGGAAGACAUCAUUAAGAGUGGUACAGAUCCUGCCACACCCCUUGCCAUGAAGAAAUUCGUCUCCCACGCCACCUGCCACGACUCCCUGGCGUUGCAAGAACAGGAAUCGUACCUUAUCAUGGGCCAGACGUCAGACCUGUGGAGAAUCAAAUCUGAGUACAGCUAUGUUCUGGGCAGGGAGACGUUCCUCAUACUUUGGCCAGCAGAUGGAGAUGCCAGCAAGAAAGAAUUGCGGAAGCAACUGGAGGAAUUUUCGGAAUAUAUGCGCACCCAUGGCUGCGAGUCCUGAGCCUCCUCUGCUUUCAGGGAGGUGUCACCAGGCAGCUCUGGGCCACUGGGUUUAACCCCAAAUAAAGAGCACAAGAUAUCACACCCAAA